GUAAAUGCUGUUCACUCCUUUACCUGAACCCAACUCCAAAUAGGAAACAGAAACACGACGUGCCACUUUUUGCACUCAGAUGUGGGACUAAAGAGAAAUUAAAGAGAAGAAGAAAAGGGAUAAUUUGUCACAAUGACAGGAAUGAAAGCUAAUUUACGAGUAUAAUGUUAUUGUUUUUAAUAUUUUAUACUCAUAAAAACUUUUAAAACAGAAAUGUCACACUCUAAAAAGUGUAAAAACACUCCAAUAAGAGAAAUUUUCAAUGAUAAACUACCAGCUGAUCUCUUCGGAAGUUAUACGACCACAAAUCAAAAUGAUUACAAGAAAUAUUGCGAAGCUGUUAGAACAAGUUGCAAAUUUGAACAAAAAAGAAUGGAAGAUCCGCCAAAAGUUGUAUCAAGACCUUAUAAAAGAGAAGAUCAUGGUAGUUUUGCGAAAUAUCAUAAAGGAGCCGAAGUACCUAUUGAGCUCUACUCUUUACCCAAACCAAUUACUCGUACAAAUCCACAUAUUCCUUUUAAGGAAUUAGGGGAACUUCCACAGAUAAAGAAAGAAGAAGCAAUCAAAACCCGACCAAGACUUUAUAUGGUACCAGCUAUACCAAUAGAUGACAUUAAAGAACCGGACCAGCGUAAACUGUUGUGUCGGUAUAUGUAUACAACUCAAGGAAGAAAAGCAGAGAAAGAUGCAACAGUUUACUUUAAACCAGUAAAACCACGCAUAGAUCAAAUAGAAACAAGGGACAAAGUGACAUUGCGGAUUGAUUUUACGCCUCCACUGAAUGAAAAGUUUCGUGAAGUGUGUAGAGAGUGGGAUCAUGAUCAGCUAAGAGGAAAUCCCAAUCCAACUAAAGAAUUUUGGAUUCGUAAAGAUCCGCCGGUAGUUUGCGGCGCUUGCGUGGAUCCAUAUAAGAAUUUAGUUCCAGAAAAAGUAAAAAAAGAAAUAACAGGACUGGUCAAAGAAGAAAGACUAGUUUCAGCACAUGAUACAAAGCCUGGAUGCACGUACACAGGAUUUAGACCAAGAUUACCCAUGGGAAUUGCCUUAGAGAAGAAACAUUUAUCUACCUUGCAUCCUUUAGUGUCAGUUACGCAAAUACCUGGAAAUCGAACUCCUAAAGAAGUGGCAGAAUUAACCAAAAUAUAUAAUUCUGAACACCAACUCAAAUGCAGUAGUUAAAUGUAAUAACUUAAAGAAGUAAUAAAUAUUUUAAUAUUUA